UCAGAUCAGUCGGAAAUAUCAUUGUUGCCGGCGAGGGUUAGGAAAAGGACUUCGUUAUCUAGGCGAAAUCAUAUUCAUAAGAGACCUGCCUUAAAUAAGUUUAAUCAAAACUGGACACAGAAUGAAGACCUGCGGGGAAGUCCUCUUUGGAAUCUCGAUUGAUGAACACGUUCUUUUCAAAGUGUCACUGGCUCUUUUAUGUUUCUUGUCUCUGUUAUUGAUAUUGAUUUCGAUUCUCGCUGUCUGGCUCAGAAAAAUACAACGUCGAGUGGUUAGCUUGACCAUAAACACUUGCUCUCUCCCUCUGGUUAUUUCCAACAAGAGAGCGGCAAAUUUCAAGAAAAGAAAUUCCUGGAAAAAUUUGGUUGGUAUUAAUGCGUACGGACCGUUGGGUUUCGAUGGAGAUGGACCUCGCUCAGAUUUACCUCAAGAAACUUCAUUUGACAAUUCCUUGGCGCCAGUGAACGAUGAAAAAUCUGCCCAUGGCUCAAACACAGAAGGGGAAGUUGAUGACAAUUCAGCAGCACAUUGCUCAACGAGUAACCAUCCUGAACUGAACACUAAAGGUGACUGCAAACUGGAGAAGGAUUACAUGAGUUUAAAGAAUUUAAAGCGUGCCAAAGAUUACACGUAUGCAAAACCCUGUGCCUCCCCACGAGUGAAGUCCAAAAUGCGAUGUGACGAGCGUCAAAAUGGAAGAAACGAGAAGCAAAAGGACAACGCCCAUGAAGAAGACAAUGAAUAUCUCGUGGUCAUCCAUUCUGACAAAUUAUCCGCGUUAUCAGAGGGAACUGAAAAUGAGAUGCCCUCCAAUGAAGACGAUUCUUUAUACCUUAUUCCCAUUGAUUCCAAGCCGGAGGAGAACGGACAUCACAAGAUGGAGAGCAAAAAUGGGACGGAGCCCGAAGGAAAGAGCAACGUAAAUGGUGUCUCAAAAGACGAUGAGCGUGCAUCACAUCUUGAUGAUCCAGAAGAAGGUAAAUAUGGAUACCUCUCCAGCCAGCAUGUGGGAAAAUUAACUACGUUUAGACAUAAUGCUGUGUUCCAACAAACACAACCUGAGGUCUCAAAGGAUGUCGAUGAAGAUGACUUUGGUUAUCUCAUUGUGCAACACGUGGGAGAUGGUGCUGCUGGAAAGGCAAGUACCAAUACUCCAGUGGGCCAAUUCCAAGCUGGAGGUACCUCAGAAAGCGAUGGGUCAGUGAACCCAUGUCAUGGUGACGACAACAGCUAUGAAUACAUACAGACGAAAGACCGGUCUGGGCCAGCUGACAACAAUGAUUCCAAACUCCAGAAGAACAACCCCACUGGCAAAGGUAAGCCUGUUACCAAUUCGUCGGCCGAAGAUAACCAUGACUAUCUCACUUCGGUUGUCCACGAAACGGCGGUGAACUCGUCAAAAGAGCAAGGACACUCCACUGACCAGAUUUUCUCCAUUAUACACGACAGCAACAAUAAUAACAACGCUGGUGUGCAGUCAGAAGUAAUUUACGUCAACCAGAACGGUGUCCAAAAUCUUGGUGUUGAAUGUUCAGAUGUUGUCCCGGUUUACUCAAACAACGAUGCACAACAACAAUCUUCUAUGUUUAACGACAACGCCGCCUUUUGCAGAGUCGAGGAAAGUCCACUUUAUGACAACCUAUGAUGUAAGGAAAGUUUCAUUUCUUGCUGCAAGAGGGAUCUAACAGCAAGUAUUAGGAACGUAUUGCUAAUUUUGCUUGGAGAGAGGCAGUUACUUUUUCUAAAGCAGUUGGUAAAUAAUUGACCUUUAAUUUUAGUUUCUUUAUGUACAUUGUAUCGUUCGCGAAUAGUUAAUAUCGUUGCAUCCUUUUGUUGUUAAGACCACUGGGCAACUAGAAUGAUCGUGCCACUUUAAGGUUACAGUAUACCUUCGGGUUGGCAAUUUUCUUCAAAUUUGGAUUUUUGGGUCAAAAUAGUGG